AUGGAGCUGCGUCUCUCCGUCUGCGUCCUGCUCCUGCUUUGUGCAACCAGAAGCUCAAAUGGAGGGAAGAUUUUGGUGUGGUACAGUGAGGCCAGCCACUGGCUCAACAUGAAGCCCGUACUGGAAACACUGGUGGACAGAGGACACCAGGUGACGGUCCUGGUCCCGAGCACAUCGCUGUUCAUGAACAGCAGCGAAUCGUCUUGCUUCCAGUAUGAACCUUUUGACGUCGACAUCUCAGUAAAAGAUUUAGAAAAGAUUUUUGAAGACAUUAUCCACUUCUCUAUGUAUGAGAUGGAUUUUAUGAGCCCCUACGAGAUUUACACACAUUUUUUAGAUUUAAUAAGGAAAAACAUGAAGUUUUCUCUUAAAUUCCUGGAUGGAAUUGUGAAAUCAGAAACCAUCAUGAAGAAACUGAAGGAGGGAAACUACGACCUGCUAUUUGCUGACGCAAUCUACACCGGAAGUGACCUGGCUGCCGAUAUUUUAGGCAUCCCUCUCGUCCUUUCUUUGCGCUUUACCGUGGCUCAUAAUGCUGAGAGGAUGUGUGGUCAACUUCCUGCUCCACCGUCCUUCGUCCCCGCUGCUAUGAGCAAACUCACAGACAAGAUGGACUUCUCAGAGAGACUGUACAACGUCCUCUUCUAUGCUCUGCAGGACAUUGUAAUAAACCAGUUCAUGUUGAAAGAUAUUGACAAAUAUUACUCUGAAGUCAAAGGAACACCCACCAGUGCCUGUGAGUUGAUGGGUAAUGCGGAUAUCUGGUUGAUGAGAACUUACUGGGAUUUUGAUUUUCCUCGUCCACUCCUCCCCAACUUUAAAUUUGUUGGAGGGAUCCAUUGCAAACCAGCUAAACCUUUACCAAAGGAAAUGGAAAAGUUUGUCCAGAGCUCUGGAGAUGCUGGGAUUGUUGUCUUCUCUUUAGGAUCGAUGAUCAAGAACGUAUCCACAGAAAAGGCGAAUAUGAUCGCUGCAGCGCUCGCUCAGCUUCCACAAAAGGUGCUGUGGAGAUACAGUGGACAGAAACCCCAGACUCUGGGUUCCAACACCAGAAUAUACGACUGGAUCCCACAAAACGACCUGCUGGGUCAUCCUAAAACCAAAGCUUUCAUCACUCACGGAGGGACAAACGGGAUCUAUGAGGCCAUCUACCACGCCGUUCCCAUGGUGGGAAUCCCCAUGUUUGCUGACCAGCCAGACAACAUGGUGCACAUGGAGGCCAAAGGAGCUGCAGCUAGUGUUAAAUUUAACUUUAUGACAACUGAGAGCCUCAGAGAAGCCGUAAACAAGGUGAUCAACGACAAAUCCUACAAAGAAAAUGCGAUGCAACUGUCCAGAAUCCACCAUGACAGACCCAUGAGUCCUCGGGACGAGGCCGUCUUCUGGAUCGAGUUCACCAUGAGAAACAAAGGAGCCAAACACCUGAGGGUUCAGGCCCACGAACUCACCUGGUACCAGUACCACAGCCUGGACGUCCUGGCCUUCYUCCUUAUUAUAGAUCUGCUCCUCAUCUUCAUCCUCUUCAAGAGCUGCAGCUUCUGUUUCAAGAGAUGCUGUGGGAGAAAACAGCCAAAAAGAAAAGUUGAAUGAAAAAACUGAAGUGAGAUUUACUGUUCAGGUGCUUUUCUAACAAAGUAUUUUGAGGUGUUCAUGGAAUUGCAGCUUUGGAAUUUACACAUAUUAAAUAUUAAAACAUCAGGA